CUUGGUUUCUUCCUCCACACACCUGCAACUUGCGAAACAGGAAAACGUCCGCUCAUUUCUUAGAGGAUAAGGAAGCAUAGAACCUUCCUAGCUGCAGUCAUUGAGUAGAAAUAUCAAGAUAUCUCUUACAAUGUCGGACGCACAGUACAUCGCGGCGGCCGACCGUCACGUUCAAAUUAAGACCAAGAUAAUCUGUACGAUUGGUCCCAAAACCCAGUCGGUGGAAAUGUUAGGCAAAUUGAUCGAGGCGGGAAUGAACGUGAUGCGAAUGAAUUUCUCUCAUGGAAGCCAUGAGUAUCAUGCCAAAACCGUCAAAAACUUACAUGCCUACCUGGAAGGGACAAAAACACCAAAAUCAGUUGCUAUUCUGCUCGAUACCAAGGGCCCCGAAAUUAGAACUGGCAAACUAGUGGGUGGAACCGACAAAAAGCUUCAAGCAGGCUCUAUUUUCACCUUCCAUAACGAUGACUCUGUGCUCGGUGACGAAACACAAGUGUCAACUUCCUACAAGUCCCUCCCCACGUCUGUCCAACCCGGUGACCGAAUUUUGGUAGACGAUGGGCUGAUUGGUAUGCAAGUUGUCGAAGUCCGCUCGCAAACAAGCGAGGUGGUAUGCAGGGUAGAGAACGAUGGUAUCCUUGGUGAGACGAAAGGUGUCAACUUGCCGGGCAUUCAAGUAGACUUGCCGGCUAUCACAGAAAAGGACGCAGGAGACAUUCGAUUUGGAAUUGAACAGGGUGUAGAUUUUAUCGCAGCGAGUUUCAUCCGAAAGGCUGCGGAUGUUCUUGAAAUCCGCAAGUUGAUUGAAGGCACAGGGAUUAAAAUCAUCUCGAAAAUUGAGAAUCAAGAGGGUUUGGAAAACUUUGAUGAAAUAUUGGCUGUGUCAGACGGUAUCAUGGUGGCGCGUGGUGACUUGGGCGUCGAAAUUCCAGUCGAGCAGGUUGCGCGGUAUCAAAAAAUGAUGAUCCGCAAAUGCAAUGCGGCCGGGAAGCCUGUGGUAACUGCGACGCAAAUGCUGGAGAGUAUGAUCGUCAACCCGAGGCCAACUCGGGCAGAAGCAACAGAUGUUGCAAAUGCCGUAUUGGAUGGCAGUGACUGUGUGAUGUUGUCUGGAGAAACCGCAAAGGGUUCUUUUCCGAUUCAUGCUGUCGAGAUGAUGGCGAAAAUUUGUCGCGAAGCGGAGAUUGACAUUAACUACACGGAAUUGUACCCCUCCAUAAGACGGCAAGUGCGCCUGCCCAUUGGUAUUUCCGAAACUAUCGCAUCCGGUGCAGUCAAGACAUCAUGGGAUGUCCACGCGGCAUUGAUUAUUGUGCUUACUCAAACGGGCAACACCGCUAUUGCUAUUGCAAAAUACCGCCCCAUUGCCCCUGUGCUUGCUGUCACAUCGUCACCUCAAGCAGCACGACAAUGUCAAGUCCUACGUGGCAUCUACCCUAUGCUCGUGGAAAAUAUGGAAGGAACGGAGAACAUUAUUCACCGCGCGAUGCUUUGGGGUGUAAAGAUGGGCAUGGCACAACGCGGGGAUCCGGUUGUUGUGACAUCAGGUGUUUUGGAGGCCCGAGCUGGCUCUACAAAUAUCAUGCGUGUACUCAAGUGCGUUGGAUUUGAGGUUUGAAAGCGAUCUAUUUGCAAUGAUAUGCCAAAUGUUCUUUGGUUUUUUCUUGCGAAAACCAGAUGUGUAGAUGACGAAGGCAGGGAAUAGCCAGGACUGUUUAGUACCCCUGAUAAGUAGGUCUAUAGAUGCGGUGGGCAAGAGUCUGGGGCAAUUCGUCGGUACAAUCUCGAUUUCAUACUCGCUCCCUCGCGACGGUUUGGUUGUUGCAUCUGAUUGCUCUGAUGGUUAAAAAAAAAUGAAAUAAAAAGUAAACUUGUGUCGAAGAGUGUCGCAUCGAAAA